AUGCUCUAAUAACUCACUCACACCCACACAAAAAUACCAUUAAUGGCGAAGGUGGUGGUAGACAAGAGACCACAUUUUAACGUGCGCAGCCACACCGAGGAUCGUGUCAUUCUCUUCGCCAGCACCGAUCCGAAUCCGUUUCACACACACCCCCACCCUCACCCUCACCCUCACCCUCACCUCCAUGCAUGUCCCUUUCACAAUUUGCUAACAAUCAGGCGCCCAACCGACCCUUAUAAAUUCUCAGCGGUGAGCGUGGCUCAAACCAUUUCCCUCCUCCCCACCCACCAUGUCUUCAUCAAGAUCUCUUCAAUGGCUAAGCCUUGUGGGAAUCAUAUGGCUCCAAUCCAUAAACGGAACGAACACAAACUUUCCCGCUUAUUCUUCCCAGCUCAAGCACCUCCUUUCCAUCUCCCAACUGCAACUCAACAACCUCGCCUUCGCCUCCGACGCCGGAAAACUCCUAGGUUGGUUUUCCGGCGUCGCCGCCGUUUACCUACCCCUUUGGCUAGUUCUCCUCAUAGGCUCUUCUCUCAGUUUGCUUGGUUACGGCUUGCAAUAUCUUUUUGUAACAAACCAAAUCUCUUCUCUCUCAUAUGGCCAUAUUUUUUUCCUCACUGUUAUAGCAGGAAACAGUAUUUGUUGGAUCAACACCGUCUCUUACGCUGUUGCCAUACGAAACUUCCCGUCCGAUCGCCAGGUUGUCGUGGGGUUAACAACUAGCUACAUAGGAUUAAGUGCAAAGGUUUACACAGAUAUUGUAGAUGCUGUUUUUCCUCCUUCACCCCAUGAAAGAGCUAAAGCCUAUCUUCUUCUCAACUCUCUUUUACCUGUUAUAAUUUGUGCAAUAGUUGCACCCCUCGUCAGAGAAGUUGAUGUUGGAAGGCCUAGAGACAUGAAAAUUGGGUUCAUUGCAAUGUUUGUGAUAACAAUGGCUACUGGGGUCUACGCUGUAAUCAGUAGUUUGGCGUCGAUUUCAGGUAAAUUAUCGUCAUGGAGUCAUGUCAUUGGUAUUGGCGUGUUCUUAUUGGCUCCAUUAGUUAUUCCGGUUGCAGAAAAAAUCAUGGAAUUGGUAAGAAAAUAUUGGUAUAUAAGUACAGAAAGAAAAGUGUAUCAUUUUACUAUAGAUGAGAGUGAAGGUAGUAGUACUGUAGUAGAGAGAAUGGAGAAUGGAGUGAAAGAGAGAGAGGAAGCUGGUGAAGUUUGUGAUGAGGUUGGUAUUAUUAAAGAGGAGAUUGGAGUGAAGGUGAUGGUAAAGAGACUGGAUUUCUGGUUAUAUUUUUUUGUGUAUUUGUUUGGUGCGACACUUGGCAUAGUGUUUUUGAAUAACUUGGGACAGAUAGCUGAAUCUCGUGGGUAUUCAGGAACAUCUUCUUUGGUCUCUUUGUCUUCUUCAUUUGGGUUCUUUGGACGUCUCAUGCCUUCCCUAUUGGACUACUACUUCUCAAGGACCAAGCACGUGAUUUCAAGACCAGCUUCAAUUGUGGCAUUAAUGGGUCCAACAGCAGGAGCAUUCUUCUUCCUUGUCAACAAAGCCAACCUUUCCCUCAACAUCAGUACUGCCGUCAUAGGAGUGUGUAGCGGGGCAAUUACUUCCAUAGCUGUAUCCACAACCACCGAGUUGUUUGGGACAAAAAAUUUCUCCAUAAAUCAUAAUGUUGUGGUUGCAAAUAUCCCAAUAGGAUCCUUUGUUUUUGGCUACCUGGCAGCUCUUCUUUAUCACAAGGAAGGAAAUGGAGAUGGCAAGUGCAUGGGGAUGGAAUGCUACAGGGAGACCUUCAUCAUCUGGGGUUCAUUUUGUUUUUUUGGAACUUUUUUAGCUUUAGCUCUCUAUGUUAGAACUAGAAAGCUUUAUUUGCGAAAAGUAUAAGAUAAUAUAUAUAUAAUCCAUAUAUAAUUCCAAUGACAUAUACUAAUUCUAGCCAUAUAAUUGAAGAAAAACAAUGAUUUAAUUAACUCUAAAGGCUAUAGGCAUCAGUGUAUAGGACAAGUGUACGUUGGAUUAUGCUCAUGGUGAUCAGUAAAUGCUUUUACUUUUAUUAAUUAAUAGAGUUUUUAUUGCCAUUCAUUUU